AUGAUGUCUCUGAACAGCAAGCAGCCUUUCGCCAUGGCGCACAGCAGCUUGCCCGAACCAAAAUACUCCACCAUCAUCAGCAGCAGCUCGGAGGCGAUGCGCAGAGCCUGUCUCCCAACCCCACCGGUACUUAUGUGUGCAUUCUAUUUGCAAUUGCAGAGCAAUAUAUUCGGAGGCUUGGAUGAGAGUCUGUUGGCCCGGGCUGAAGCUCUCGCGGCGGUGGAUAUAGUCUCGCAGAACAAGAGCCACCACCACCCUCCACAUCACAGCCCCUUCAAGCCGGACGCCACCUACCACACCAUGAACACUCUUCCCUGCACCUCGUCUUCCUCCUCCUCCUCGGUGCCUAUUUCUCAUCCGUCCGCCCUGUCUGGCCACCACCAUCACCACCACCACCACCAUCACCACCAGCCCCACCAGGCGCUGGAGGGGGACCUGCUGGACCACAUCACUCCGGGACUGGCACUGGGUGCCAUGGCGGGGCCGGAUGGCUCGGUGGUUUCCACGCCUGCGCACCCUGCCCACAUGGCGGGCAUGAACCACAUGCACCAGGCGGCCAUCAACAUGGCACAUGCCCACGGGCUACAAUCGCACAUGGGCAUGAGCGACGUGGACGCCGAUCCCAGGGACUUGGAAGCGUUCGCGGAGAGGUUUAAGCAGAGACGGAUCAAACUCGGGGUUACCCAGGCGGAUGUAGGGUCAGCUUUAGCCAGCCUGAAGAUUCCUGGGGUGGGCUCCCUCAGCCAGAGCACCAUCUGCCGAUUCGAGUCCCUCACGCUCUCUCACAACAACAUGAUCGCUUUGAAGCCCAUCCUGCAAGCGUGGCUGGAGGAAGCGGAGAAAUCACACAGGGAGAAACUUAACAAACCCGAGUUGUUCAACGGCGCAGAGAAGAAGCGGAAGCGCACGUCGAUAGCCGCACCGGAGAAGAGAUCACUGGAGGCCUAUUUCGCCAUCCAACCGCGUCCGUCAUCGGAGAAAAUCGCAGCGAUCGCAGAGAAGCUGGACCUGAAAAAGAACGUGGUGCGGGUCUGGUUUUGCAACCAGCGACAGAAACAGAAACGGAUGAAAUACUCUGCAUGCGUCUAGAAUCGCUUUAAACCACCCACCCACUAAAAGACUUGGGAACUGUUUAGGGACGAUUUGUAUCAUAUUUCCUAACUCACACCUUUUUUUCAAUCAUCGAUGACUUUGUGCUUUGAACUUCGAAAAAUUCCUAAAAUUGAACUAAUGACUGACGAAAAAUAUGAGCCCACAGUCACGUCUUUUACUCGCUGAGAGGGGAGACGUGGAGGAAAGUUGAAGCAUCGUUUGAAGAGCAAGUAAGAACACUGUUUCCACACUUCCUAUGCUUCACCUUUUUAAUGACUUACAGGACUCUUCUUCUGCUUUCAUUUUUACUUCAGAUUAAUUUCCAAUGAGGACUACUUUAGUUUGCGUAGACAGAAACACCCUAAUGAAAAGAGUUGUUUCCACACAGCACAGCGGGGCUAGUUGAACUCAAAGCACUUGGUUUGGUGACUCUUGGUGUUGAUAUUUUUUUGGCUUAUAGGAUAAGCUACAGUUUUCCCUCCGAGCUGGUGACGAUGCAGUCUGACAUUUAUUCAGGGUCCACGUGGGGGAUUAAAGGGACAACACACAAGCUAAUAUUAGAUUACUGCCAAAUAGCCCUGUGUAAAUGAAUUAUUUACUUGUAACACACUUCAUUUUGUGUCUAAAUGUGUAAUUAAUUCCACUUAUUUUGUUACCAUGUGUAAACAAAGUCAGGGAUCUAUUUUUAAGAUACCCGGGGUUCGGGGCUAAGGUAAAGGGUUUCUUUGUUUUUAUGGUUAUUAUAAUAAUAAUGAUGAUUAUUAGGCCUCAGUAUGUGGAGAUAAAGAAAUAGUGCGUCACUUGUAAGGAUUUCACAAAUUUUCACCAUCGAAAAAUAUGAUUUCUCGCCGGCUGCAAUAAGUUGACACUCCAGCGUGGGCCGGUAUCUUAUGAACUAUUUAUUGAGUGAGGUCAUGUUUACUUCAUUACAUAUUUAUCGGGAUUCCCCCUCCCUCCUCGUUUUGCCUGAGAAAAUCAAAUUCUGACAGCAAGUAAAGCGUGUUGUUCUGCUUUUAAAGGGAAACGACUGUGAAAUUUUACAGUCACAAAUUGUCAUUUUUAACAUUUGAGAUGGUACA